AUGUGCAACUUUCUCGGACGAGCCCUCGACGCCCAAAGGUUCUUCCACGACGUUACCUAUGAGUCCUCCAAAGACACCUGGGCAAUUGGAGUCUACGCGGUCCUUCCGGAAGAAAGGCUGGAUCAAUCGAACUUCCGAAACAAUACACCGUCAAACACCAACAUCUGGGCGACGCCGAUCAAGAUCAAAAGUCCAACCGUCGACCCAAACACCACUUUUAGUGCUCCUCGAGUAGGGUUUAUGAAAUCACCCUUGGUUUGGCUGGUUGUGGCCGCCCAUAGCAAGACUCGUGUUGUCCCAUGCAAAAUCAGCAAGGAAGGAUUUGCGGAGGGACGCCUCAGCACCUUGUCCGCACCCAGACCGCAACCCCAGCAACCGUUUGCGCUGGCCCUGGAUCCUGCUGCGGCCAACGGUUUUGUGACGGUCAUAGUGGACACCAUCAUCGCGGCUGUCAUCUCGCUCGUCGUGGCGUUGUUCGGUAUCAAGCUCUUCCACAUAUAUGAGCGCUACGCUUUCAUCCCGCAAAUCCUCGGACAAAAGUUGCCAAAAAAUCGCGGAUACCUGAAGAAAGGCGGCCACGAAUUUCGAGUUACGCCGGAGAUGUGGCAUCUAUACAGCGCCGGCGGUGGACGUGAUCUGCACAAGCCGAUUCGAGGUGGCGCUGGCUGCCAACAAGCAUUCUACGAUGACCCCAAUGUUCUCUACAUAUCUUUGCAUGUCCAUAUGAACGGAACCUUCUAUCCUUCAGGGAACGAAGGCGACAUGGAUCACUGUGGCAUUGAUGCUGGCGAGGGAAAAAACGUCAACAUCCCCUGGCCGUCGAAAGGCAUGGGUGGCGGUGAUUACAUGUACGCGUUCCAAAACGUCGUCAUGCCCAUCGCCAAUGAAUUUGACCCAGACUUUGUUAUCAUUGCUGGGAGCUUCGACGCCGCAGCCGAUGAUGAAUUGCAAAUUACCGCCCUCUACGGACCUUAA